AUGGGGGGCUUCAAACGGGUCAUGAAGCGUCUCAGCCCUAGCAAAAAUCUCAUGCCGAUUGCUGCUGACCCCCCUAUCCGUGCAGAAGCGCCACAAGUCAAUCUCCCGCAUGUGGACACGCAAUUGAAUAUGCACCAGCAUAACGGACUCCUCGACGACGAACCAGCCACCGAAGGCCAGAAUGGUGACUAUAACCAAUCCCUCUCGUCUCAUUCGAACCCUCCAAACCCAUCCGCUACCUCCGUCGACACGAGCAAUGGCGAUUCCCACACAUCAGAAUGGUCAGCGGUUGGCCAUGCAGCGACAGGGAAAUCCGGACGUGUGAUCCACAAUCUCCAGGAAGAAAUAGCACGGUUAACGCGUGAAUGCACACUCUACAAGUCCCGCUCGGAGGAGUACCAGAGAACCAAUGAGGCCUACAAGAUCCAGCAGCAAAACAUGAACGAGCGUCUACGAAACCUCGAGCAAGUCAACGAGACCAACCUCAACUCAAUUGCACGGAAAGACCGGAAGCUGGAGGAAAUGAGAAUAGAGCUGCAGCACGAGCGCACCAAGCGUCAGGACGCGGAAAUGAACUCAAACCAGACCAACCAUACUAUGCAGGAGGAGCGCGAGAAUCACAAUCGAGAACAAGCCCGGUCACUAGAGAUCGCCAAACACUACGAGACACAGUACGAUGUAUUGUCCGGCACUUUGAAACGCGACAAGGCGGAGUUUGCAAAACGCAUUAAUGCCAUAUGGGCCGAGUUCACGACUCUCGCCAACGCGCAGAAGACACAUAUACUCUCCACCGAGAGGCUGGAGGUUCUUGCAGAUCAGAAGAACAGGGAAUUCGACUCCCUCAAGGAAUCUUAUGACAAGCUGCUCGCCCAACACUCCGCAUAUAAGGAAUUGAAGGAUAACGACUUCCGCGAGACAAUUGAGUCGGCCAAGGCCAGCAAUAAUAUGGUCGCUGGGGUUCUUGCUCAGCUCAAGGAGACCGAGACAGAAAUGAAAUGGGCAAUCCGGCUCAAUGCAAGUCGACAAAGCAGCGAACAAAGCGGCGAAUAA